AUGUAUAGGCCGCUCCAGCUACGUUUGACAAUCAAAAGAUGGAAAUCAAACGAGGCUAUACAAAAUUUUAUCCAACAGAAUCAGUCAAUCGCUCAAUCGAGCGUGUUUCAAGGGACUCUUUACGAGCACACAGUGAUGAGAGAGUUGCAGUAUAAAUUGGCAAUGACGAAGCUACAAAACACCGGUGGAGCCAACGACAAAGGUGUAGACAUAAAGGGCUGCUGGCCGAUCGGUAAAAUCUACGACACGAUGAACGGGAUUCUACAACUUGAUUCACUUGCCAUACCCAAAAGAUGCCAGGCCAACGGUGCUAUUUUCAAGCCAUAUCGACACAAGAUGGCCACCGAGGCCCAAUUGAAAGUAUUGGUACAAUGCAAGGCUUUCAGAAGCUCAAAAGUGGCCCCACGAGAGUUUCGAGAAUUAGUCGGGACGUUUGUCUCUAUGGUACCAAGCACCCAGCGCAACAAGACAAUCAUAAUGAUGUGUUCUCCAAAUAUGCUAACAAGAGAAGGUAUCACAUUGAUUAACAGUGUACGAAUGCCUCUGAUAUACCUGAGGAUCGAAAUGUUACAACCCGAAGGAACAGGAUACAACCUGGUCGACUCAGGAAAGUUACUGAACUACUACGAAAAUGAUUAUGCGGCACAAUUCCUCCAGGGGUGUGGCAUCAAGGAGUGGCUCAAGUUGGCAAUGUUCAACAAGAGUUAG